AUGUCGAACCUGCCAGAUCUGCCGUCAGGUUUUGGACGUGAUUCGGCCUACCCGCCCAUGCCUUCACGCAUACCAGAAGCAGCACACAAUGCUGCCAGAAAUCGAAUAUCUAUGGCCCCUCGCCCUGCCUUUAUGUCUGCACCAUCCUCAGAUGCCGAGGGAGGCGCGGCGAACCUGCCGCAUUCCAUGUCGCACGAUGAUCUCGAUCAAGCAGAGGCCAUUUUCACCGUUGGGGAUGCAAGUCCUGUGACAGGUCCGGCGCAUAAGCACGUUUCGCCAGAGCGCCGUCCACUCCGCCGCCCGAAAAGUCAUCAGCCACUGAGCACACAACCUGCAUAUCGACCAACACAGGACCCUGCAGCCAUACGGCAGUCAUUCGGUGCCACACCUAUGGGACGGACACACUCAGACCGACCUCUGUUCGCGUCUGAACAAGCACACGCACAAGCACAUGCCGAAGCGGAAGCUAAAGCGCGUGCAGUGCAAGAACGAGCCAAGGCCGAAGCCGAGGCAAGAGCCGAAGCAGAGGAACGAGCCGCACAUGCAGCGCGAGCAUCUACUUCCCAAAGAGACACAGCUGAAGCUCGCGCCUCCGAACUACAGCAUGCUCGAAUGCAAAUGGCGACGAAGGCCACCGCAUCACAAGCUCAGCACUCGCUUGUCACUAAAUCCGCUGAUACGAGUGCUUCCCAAUCAACACCCAUGUUACCUGCGAUUCGCGUGUCUUUGCCCGAUGUUCAGUCACUUGAACAACAGCGACUGCGAGUCAACGAGUCGGACAACGACCUCGAUAAGCUUCGUUGGGCUGUCCAGGUGCUCAAGUACGUUGAGCGCAUGCGGAUUAGUGGCACGGAGCUUGAGGACCCUGUGACGACAUGGAUUGAAGAGGCUAUUACGCAAAUCGUGCAGUGUGCAUCACACCCGCAGCCCAAGGCAGAGGCAUUGUAUGCGCGAGGUGAUUUGUUGGCAAGUGGUGCAUUUCCAGCGUAUGUCGCGAAGGAUCUUCGUUCUGCCUUUAGUGACUUUGAGCGUUCCGCACGCAUGGGCUGGGCACCUAGCUGGUUUCGCAUUGGCCGCGACUAUGAGACGCUUGGUGACAUUGCACGCGCCCGCACGGCUUACGGUCGUGGCUUACAGCGAAGUGACGUCGGAUGCAUGUAUAGGAUGGGCAUGGCUAAAGUCAUGGGUCAACUUGAGGUGCCACAAGACUUACAUGAGGGCAUCUCAUUACUGCAAGCAUCAGCAGAUGCAUCCACUGUUGAUACUCCCCAUCCUGCGUAUGUCUAUGGACUCAUCUUGGCCGGGGAACUUUCGACCAUACCGAUACCCAUCGAGGCGUUUGCUACGCCAGACAAUCCAUCCCCAACACGCGCGUCACUUAUGCCGCUCGGCCGCGAGUACCUGCAACGAGCAGCAUAUCUCAACUUGCCAGCAGCGCAGUCCAAGUGUGGCUGGUGCUAUGAACAUGCCCAACUCAGUUUCCCAUUCGACCCGUUGAUGAGUGUGCAGUACUAUAGUGCGGCUAGUCAGGGUGGCGAGCCGGAGGCCGAUAUGGCUCUCAGCAAAUGGUUCCUGUGCGGUGCUGAAGGCUGUUUCGAUAAAAAUGAGUCACUUGCAUGGACCUUUGCUGAACGUGCGGCCAAACAUCAUCUGCCAACGGCUGAAUUCGCAAUGGGCUACUACCUCGAGGUCGGGAUUGGCGUGCCAAUCGACUUGGAGGCAGCUCGUAUUUGGUACGGGAAAGCGUCAGCGCAGGGCAACUCAGACGCUGCUGAGCGCCUUGCUGCUUUGCAGGCGUCGCAGUCGGAGGCACUGUCUCGUGCGCAGCAUCAAGCGCAUCUACAUGAACGCUUGUAUUCGGCACACCAACGAGCACGCAAAGUCUCAGGUGGAAGUCAGCAUAACGGUGGCGCCGAGCCGACUGGUUCUGGCCCUUCUGGCAGUAGCGGAAGCAGUGGCACUGAACUUGCACGGCGACGGACAAUGCUUAUGGAUGAGGAUAGUGCCCAGCGACGACGCACGACGCCCGUGCCGGCGCACUCACGAACCUCAGGCGCUACUUCGCAUGGCAUGCUGCCGACACCAACAGCCACAUCGCGUCCAAGCAAAGGCCCACAAACUUUCAGCGAAAUGGGAUACCACCCGAAACAUGAUAAAGAAUGCACUAUAUGCUAG